AUGACGCUCGGUAUUGCCACCAUCAUGUCCCACCACCGCAGCCACCACCACAAAAAGUACCUCUACCUCAGCAACCCCCCCCAACCAGGCCUCGUCGAAGUCCGCCGCAGAAUCACCACAGUUGUCCCCCCUCCACCUCCACCUCCUCCGGCUCCCAUCAUCCUCCGUCCUCUCACACCCCCAGCUCCCGUCCUCGCCCUCCCUGCACCACCUCCCCGACCACGCCCAGAAGAAGAAGAAGAAGACGACGACACAAUAGACGUCAUAGCAGUCGACGUCGACCCAACCCAAAAAAAGAAACCCAAGCACAGAAAGAAGCACCGUUCCCGAUCCCGUUCCCGCUCGAGCUCCCACUCCCGUGGCAACGACACCGAAGUCAUAAUCGAGCGCGAGCGCCUCAUCCCCUACCCCGUCCCCGUCCGCAUCCCAGUCCCAGUCCCCACCCGCCCUCCCACCCCGGAAGUCAAAGUCGAAACAUACCGGUACGUUGACAGUCUACCAGCACGAGACCGGGAACGGGAACGGGAGCGGGAACGGGAGUACCAUCCCAGGCCUCGCGUGCCUAGUCCCCCGCCUGUAUCAGCAUCUCCUCUACCGGAAAGGAGGGUUUCGGUGAGGAUUGAGGAGAGAUGGGAGGAUGAGGGGGGUUCCGAGAGCAGGUCUGAAGGCGGUGGGUAUGGGGGGUAUGGGAGGUAUGGUGCUAAGAGAGGGGAAUAUCGUGGGAGUGGUGGGAGAGUGAGUGACUAUGGGAGUGGUGGGUAUGAUAGGGGUUAUGAUAGGGGUUAUGAUAGGGAGUAUGAGAGGGGUGGAUACAGUGGAAGGGGGUAUGGAAAGUGA